AUGGCUGCUAAAUUGUCUUAUGAAAAUGAAGCGUUAAUUAAAGCCACUGUAACCGAUAAGUGGAAGAUGAAGUUUCUCUAUUUCUAUGAUUUCUGGAACGAUUAUCAACAUGAAGAUGAAGCCCCAAUGCAGGCCUUUAUGUUCCAAGAUAAAACGGAUGAUCCUGAACUAAUAGUAGUGGCAUUUCGAGGUACUGAACCCUUUGAUUUAGAAGCAUGGAGCAGUGACAUCGAUAUCUCUUGGUAUGAUUUCUUGGGCAUUGGUAAAGUGCAUGGGGGUUUCAUGAAAGCUCUAGGGUUACAAAAGGGUCUGGGAUGGCCUCAUGAUCUCAACCAACCAGAGAAUGACAAACGUAUGUUUGCAUACUAUACUUUGAGGCAAAAAAUAACAGACAUACUGAGAAAAAACGAAAAGGCAAAAGUGAUUUUCACUGGACAUAGCUUGGGUGGGGCAUUAGCCGUUGUGUUUCCUACGGUGUUAGCGUUCCAUAAGGAAGAUUGGAUGUUAAAGAGGAUUGAAGGAAUCUAUACAUUUGGGCAACCAAGAAUCGGGGAUGAGAAAACUGGAGAAUUUGUGAAGGAACAAUUUAGAAUUAAUGGUAUUAAGUAUUUUAGGUUUGUUUACUGUAAUGACAUCGUUCCUAGGGUCCCAUUUGAUAAUAAAUGUCUCUUGUAUAAGCAUUCCGGGACCUGUCUCUACUUCAACAGUCUCUACCAUGGAAAGGUUGUUGAAGAAGAACCAAACAAGAACUACUUCAACCCAGCAAAAUAUUUGCAUAAGAUAUUAACUGCAUGCUUUGAGCUGAUUCGAAGCUUUUUUAUUGGAUACAUAGCGGGACCUGAGUAUAGUGAAGGUUGGUUCUUGAGAUUAUUUAGGAUCGUCGGAUUGAUCAUUCCUGGACUAUCAGCUCACUGUCUACAAGAAUAUGUUAAUGUUACUCGAUUGGCAUCUUUGCACAUUCAUGUUGAUCAAAUUGAAGACCUCUCCGAUGAGCAAAGAGAUCUUACAAGUGAGAGUUCGAGUAGCUAA